AUGUUAAGAACGAAGAACAGAUAUGUUGUUCGGGUUUCGAAGACUAAAGGAGGAGUAUUCCUUUCUAAACUAUGUAUUUUUACUUUAUAUUUUACUGUUUUCUUAGCAAUUUAUCUAAUAUUCUUUCCUGUCAUGAGGAAAGCUUAUGAUGGUUUCGAUCUUGAAGAGAACUUGAAACGUUUCUCUUCCAAUAAUAAUAAAAAAGAAGAAGCAAAAUAUCUCAUAGAUAACUUAAAUUUGGAUUGUAGUUCCCUUAAAAACAAAAACUUCACUCAUAACUCAACAUUGAUGUUGGAAUAUGAAACUUGGACAUUCAGUACUGAUUCAGUCAUCAAGAGCAUCCUAGAUUCAUCAAAGAAAUGCAACACAAUCAAAAGCUUAUUUCCUUUCCCGACUGUGCCUAAGUCGAAAGAAGAAAAAGAUUUCCCAUUAGCUUAUGGAAUUAUAGUUUAUUAUAACUUUGUUCAGUUUUUAUUUAUGCUCAGCUCUAUCUAUGAGCCUCAGAACCACUACUGUGUGGCUGUUAGCGGGUCUGCUACUAGAGAAUUCAAGAUGUUAGCACAAAUUACUUCCGAAUGUUUUCAUAACGUGCAUGUCUUAAUACGCCCACCUAUCUUCUGGGGAAGCUUUGAAAUCAUCAACUCAACAUACACUUGCAUGGAAAUGCUGACAAAACAGUCUCAUUGGAAGUACUUUCAGUACUUGUCAGGCGUCGAUGCUCCUCUAAAAACCAAUAGAGAAAUGGUUCGAAUUUUCAAACAAAUGAAUGAGUCAGCGAACGUCGAGUUCUUGAAAUACCCUUAUUCGCGUUUGAGAGGCAAAAAAAUGGCAGACAGCCCCGUUCCAAUAGUAAAGUCUUCCUUAUCAGCUCUCGUACCUCGAGAAGCAGCUGAUUACAUGAUUCAAUCUAACGUCACAAGACAGUUACUGAGAUUCUUAAAAGGAACUGGGAUUCCUGACGAAAGUUUUUGGGGAACAGUUUUUGGAAACGUUGAUGUUUUUCCUGUACCAGGUGCUAUCAAUAGCACGCAGUUCCUACUAGAACAAGCAAAAAUUAAAAGGUCAUCUAUUGACCGUCAGGCGAAAGUUUAUAUGACAUAUUACUUGUCUCGUUAUCAAGUUUGGAAAAAAACCAAAUUCUGCCAAGGAAAGUUAUCGUCUGGAUCAUGUGUAUAUGGACCACGGGAUUUUAGUCACCUUGUCUCUCGACCGCAUCUGAUUGCUCACAAGUUUUAUACAAACUUUCAACCUGCCGGAUAUUUCUGCGUGCUGAAGGAAAUACGACAUCGAUCUAUUCGUGGCAUAACAGCAUUCGAAGAAUAUACAUAUAAUAAGACACCUUUAGUUGAAGUUAAGUCAGGAAAAGAAUAUGAAAACUUAUCACAUAAACUUUGGUUGACUGCUUGA